AACAAAAACAAAGUAGCCGGAUUUCAACUCAAAACAGUCGAAAUCGAGAUGGCGUGGCAGCGGUAGCGAUUAUAGGGGAACGCUGGGCAAAAUCGAACAAUCGCGCCUCAUUUGCGUUAAUUAUUCUCAGUGGUGUAAAAUCGAGUGACUUGGUUAUUGGACUUGCUAAACCCCACCCCCAUCACACCCUGCUUUCCACUCAGGGCUUUGCAGAUCGAGCGAUAAGGAAAAUGGGGCUGAAAUGACUUCAGCAUGACGGUGUUGAACCUGAAGCGGGUAUGUCCAAGGCCCAGCCCAAAGGGCUUUGCCUUGACUGCAAUAAUUGCAACCAUCUUGCUAUGCAUCUACUAUACAAGUUACACUUCGGAUGUUCAACGGUCAAAUCACUCGAUCAUUUCGGCAGAGCCUGUGGCUCUUCACGGAGCUGGACUGUUACCCACCGGCUUAAGUAAGCUGAUCUAUGAGAAAAAAGACUUUGAAAGUUGUCCCAAGCUGGUUACGACUGAGGCGGACAUUUCCACUCUGGAUGUGUUCAAGGACUUUGACUUUCAGCCUUCCUGGAUGAGGAGCAAAGAAUAUUGGGAUAAAACCUUUGAAGACCGCUACGAACGCGAGAAGAUGAAUCCAGAACGACCGCCUUUAAAGGUGAUCAUCGUCCCCCACUCGCACAACGAUCCAGGCUGGCUCAAAACAUUCGAGAGCUACUUCCACGUGUCCUCCAAGCAGAUCAUGAGCAACAUGGUGGCCAAGCUGCAAGAGCACAAGAACUUCACCUUCAUCUGGUCGGAGAUUUCCUUCCUGAACAGCUGGUGGGAAGAGGCGCACCCGAACAAGCAGCGCGUCUUAAAGGAGCUGGUGAACUCUGGAAGGCUGGAAAUCACCACGGGGGGCUGGGUAAUGACGGACGAAGCCAACGUCCAUCUCUUCGCCAUGGUGGAUCAGUUGAUUGAAGGUCAUCAAUGGGUGUGGACCAAUUUGGGCAUCAAGCCCAAAACAGGCUGGUCAGUGGAUCCGUUCGGGCAUGGCAGCACCGUGCCAUAUUUGCUGGGCGCGGCAGGUCUGCGCGGAACAGUCAUCCAAAGAAUCCACUAUGCGUGGAAGCAAUGGCUGGCAUUGAAGCAGCACGGGGACUUCCGAUGGGUGCCCAGCUGGACGCCUCAUGAUCCCUACGGAACCAUCCUGACCCACAACCAGCCCUUCGACAUCUACUCGAUCAAACACAGCUGCGGCCCGCAUCCCUACAUCUGCCUCAAUUUCGACUUCCGGAAAGUCCAAGGCGAGUACACGGAGUCCUCCCUCAAGGCCCAAACCAUCACCGAUAAGAACGUGAAGGAAAAGGCCGAGUUGCUAUUGGAGCAAUACGCGCGCACCGGGUCUCUGUUCCCCCACAACGUCGUUCUCAUCCCAUUGGGCGAUGACUUCCGGUACAACCUCAAAGAGGAGUUCGACCAACAGUACUCCAACUACAUGAAGCUGAUAACCCACAUCAACUCCCAUAAAAGCGAGUACAAGGCGGAGGUGGCCUUUGGCACCCCCCAUGACUACUUUGAGGCCAUCACCAAGCGGUUCGAUCAGUUCCCGUCCUUGAAGGGCGACUUCUUUGUUUACUCGGACAUCUUCUCCGAAGGCAGGCCCGCUUAUUGGUCUGGGUACUUUACCACGCGGCCUUUCUUGAAGAUUCUAGAUCGGGAGCUGGAGCACAGUCUAAGGUCUGCAGAAAUCCUCUACACUGUGGCGCUUAAUAAGGCCAAGCAGCAAAGCUUGGGGGUGCAUGGGAAGAUUCUGGAGAAGAACUUUGAGAAGCUCAUCAGAGCCAGGAGGAAUCUGGGGCUGUUCCAGCAUCACGACGCCAUUACCGGCACCAGCAAGGCCUUUGUCAUGAAGGACUACGGAAUCAAGCUCUUUGAGUCGUUGAGGGACACUGUCAAGGUGCAGGAAGCCUCCUUGCAAGCGCUGCUGUUCCCCAAAGUUCACAUUGCCAAGGGGCAGAAUCUGAUAUUGAGCGAUAUCGAAAGGGAGUCCUACGACAAGCUCCCCAACAAGAGCAACAUCCAAAUCGGCCCCGGUCAGAAACGGAGGGUGGUGCUCUUUAACUCCCUCGCCUACCCGCAGGAGCAUCUGGUCUCCUUCACUGUUAACACCACUAGCUUGAUGGUGACUGAUGAAAAUGGGGCACAGGUGGAUUUCCAACUCAACCCGAUCAUUGAGGAAAGUUUGGGGAAGCAUUGGAUCCAAGCGGGUGAGUUCGAGCUGGUUUUUAUAGCGAAGCUCGACGAGCUGAGCGCCACAAGCUACUACAUCGUCCACUCAGAGAAGAACCUUGCGAAUCUUGCCACGAUUUAUUGCAAAAACUGCAUGAAGAAGUCGCAGGUCAGCUCGAAUGGAAGCAAGCUGGAGGCUCCGUUUACCAUCAAAGAUAUCCCUCCAAGCGACAUUCAGCUGGAGAACCACAAAAUGAAAAUCCUAUUCAGCGGCUCUACGGGCUUCAUGAAAUCCAUAGUGCGCAAGCACAAGCCCAAAGUGAUGCAAUGUAAGAUCCAAUUCGCUGCCUACAGAAGCGCCCAGUUCCACUCAGGGGCUUACCUUUUCAUGCCCGAUCCCAAUGAGCGGGACUACGAGAAAGACGUGCUGGCCCAGUACAAAGAGCAAAUGUCCGUAAUCAUCAGCACCGGAUUAGUCUCCACUGAGCUGCUGACCAUCUACGGCCCUUUCCUAGUCCACAAAAUCUCCAUCUUCCUGGAUGAAGACUCGGCGCUUUCAAACGCCAUCAGCAUAGAGAACACCAUCGACUUUGAAAAUCCUCCAAAAAACCGCGAGACUGAGCUCUUCAUGAGGAUCAUUUCGGAUGUGCAGAACGGCGACGUUCCAGAGUUCUACUCGGAUCUCAAUGGCUUCAACAUGCAGAAGCGCGUCAAAGUGGAACGGGUGGGGGUUGAGGGCAACUACUUCCCGAUCACCUCAAUGGCUUACAUCCAGGAUGAGAGUGUGCGGCUGAGCCUGCUGACCAAUCACGCGCAAGGGGCGUCCGCAUGGCAACCGGGGUUUUUGGAGCUGAUGCUCGACCGGCGCACUCUAUACGACGACUCUAGAGGCAUGGGCGAGGGAUUGGUGGAUAACAAGCGAACAACCAGCCGCUAUUGGAUGCUGAUUGAGGAUGUUUCCAAGGCGCCAGUUGAGGCCCAGGCGCCUUUGAGGAGGUUUGCUGAUGAGGACACCUACGAAAAGGGUGAAGUAGUCCGCUCCUUCAACGUCCCGUCGGUUCCAUUCGAGGCUCCCAAGCAGGAGGCCUUCUCACGACCGUCCCUAUACGCAACUCAUCUGUCCAACGCUUUGAACUAUCCAGCGCAGUCGUUCAUCGUCGACCAAGAGCAGCAGGCGGCCGCACCCAGCAAGCUGAGGUUCCUCAAAAAGGCGCUGCCCUGCGACGUGCAUCUACUCAAUCUUCGCACGCAAGCGGACUUUGAGUACUCGCAGUUUCCCUCCACCAGUGCCCUGAUGGUGCUCCAUCGGCAGGGCUACGAUUGUACGGUUAGCGCCAACUACAGCUGCACAGUGCUGAGCUUUGAGGCCAGCAACUAUUUCGAUGCCGUUAAAGUGCAAGCAAUUGAAUUGAAAUCGCUGACUGGAUUGGACAGUAUUAAGCAAUUUAAUGAUCUCGGGGAUCUGUACAUUGAACCCAUGUCCCUUAAGACAUUGAACGUGACGUUCGGAUAGGCGCGAUGUGAUUUUCUAGGCGGAAUUGUUUGUAGAUAUUUUUUUAAAUCCUGUACAGACUUUACUAGGCGGAUGGCUACAGCUCUCUUAGCUCGAACACUCAACUAAACCAUCUCCUAGCGCGUACCAGUAACACUAAACUCUAGAUUAAGUAGAUCAAUGAUAUUUUAUGUUCUUGUGAUAUACUUGUGUCUGAAGAGGUGCAAGUCUCCUCCUUCUCUUCCUGGAGCUUUAAUUUUUCUUGUCGUGUUACGGACGUUAUGUGUAAUGUACCUAAGGGCCAGCUAGAUGUAAUUUUCGUUAACCUCUAUCUCAUACAGGGUGGUUAGGAACUAAGCACACAAAACUAAAGCUAAUUCUUAUAUAGUACAAUUAUUUGUUUAUUGUUGCAGACAGGCCCAGUCGCUUGAUGAUAUUAUGUAUGGUUUACAAAGGAAAUUAGAAACAUUCCCCGCUCUCUAACAGUUUUAUAUGUUAUUUGUUUUAUAUUAGAGUCUUAUGCAAGUCGGUAUUAUUGGACAGCCGAUCACGAAGCAGCUGCGUACUCAAUGAGUUAUUUUAAGCGGAAUUUUAGAUUUUAUAGAUUGAUUCAUACCUUGACGACUACUAGACAAAGAAUCAUUUUAUUAAAGUGCUGGUUUUUUAGUAAA